GCGAGGAUGCCCGGUGCCAGCACCGGCCGGGCACCCCAGGGAAGUGGCGGUGCUGCCGGCAGGGUGCUGGUGGUGCCAUGGGUGGCUGGGGCAGGAAGGGUGUGGGUCCGCUCCCCACAGUCACCCCCCCCCCUCCCCCCCGCCCUGCCUGGUGACGGCAGCUGGUACAGCCGGACUUUGAGCUGCUUAUCAGGUGGCAGAGGUGCCAGGAGGGGUGCGGAUGUGCUGCCUGCAAGGGUGUGGGGGGCUACACCUGACCGCUCCCCGCUGUGGCACCCCCCUGUCAGGGGCACCCAGCACUGGGUGCAGUCCCCCAAACCCCUUGGGCAGACCCCAUGGGUGCUGGCUGCUGGCCACAGCACGGUGUGGGGAUGGAGGUGCUGGGGCAGCCCCCCCAGUGCUCUGGGGGUGCAUGAAAGGCCCCUUUGUGUCUCCCACCGCAGGCAGGGCUGGGGUGCGGUGGCCAGGAUGGUGGCACACGGUGCCUCCCUGCCCACACCCCCGCCACCUCACCCCGGCCCUGCCGCAGGGCUCUGCGUCACCGCGAGCGCUGGCACCCUUUGCCCGGCCCCAUGUUAAUGAUCCACCUGCCCGCGCCACUGCCGCCUCGAGCCCCCAGCAGCCGCCCCAGCGAGCCGUGCCCGGCAGUGGUGGCGGUGGCGGCAGAGCUGGGGGUCCUUGGCACGGGUGGCUCGGGGGGGCCGGCGGCUCCCUGCCCCGCGCCCCACCCCUCCGUCUCAGCACCCAGAUAAGAGCGGCUGCUGGCAGCACCCAUUUCCCGGUGCACAGCGUGGGUGGGAGAGCUGGCCGGGACCAUGGCCGUGGCGACAGUGAACCUCCGUGUCGUGACCUCCUGGGUGGGCAUUGCCCGGCUUUUUGCCAUCAUGCUGUCCUGCAUCGCCUUCAGCUUGGUGGCCUCCACCAGGGACUUCAUGGGUCCGUACGGGACGUGGUGCAUGUUCACCUGGUGCUUCUGCUUCACCGUGACGCUGCUGGUGCUGGUGCUGGAGCUGCUGGAGCUCUACCCCAAGCUGCCGCUCUCCUGGGACGACUUCACCUCGGCUUUCUCCAUGCUGGCAGCGUUGAUGGUCUUCACCACCUCGGUGGUCUUCCCCUCAACCUUCAUCAGCAGCCCCUGCAGCAGCAGCAAGUGUGCCCGGCAGGCUGUGGCUACCACCGCCUCCUGCCUCUGCUUCCUUGCCUACGCCCUCGAGGUGGGGCUCACCCGCGCCAAGCCAGGGGACAUCAGCAGCUUCCUCUCCACCGUGCCGGGGCUCCUCAAGGUCUUUGAGGCCUACGUGGCUUGUCUCAUCUUCUCCUUGCUGGAUAACUACAGUUCGGAAGCCGGCCUGCAGUGGUGCGUGGCCGUCUACUCCAUCUGCUUCAUCGUCACCCUCCUCAUCAUCAUCUUCACCAUCGGCCGGUGCCUCACCUACAUGCCUUGCCCGCUGGAGAAGAUGCUGGUGGGCUACAACGCCCUGGCCCUGGUGAUGUACAUCACCGCCACCGUCCUCUGGCCCCUCUACAGCUUCAGGGGGAGGAACCGCCCUGACCCCUGCGGCAGGAACUGCUGGUGGGACAAGCACCUGGGGGUCACCUUCCUCACCAUCUUCAACCUCAUCGCCUACUUGGUGGACCUGAUCUACUCUACCAGGAUGGUCUUCAUCAGGGCACCUCCCUAAGGGCUCCGGGUGACCCUGGUGGGGCGAGCGGUGGUGGGAUGCGGUUGGGUGCUGGUGCAGGGCUGCCAGUGGAGCUGAGGAAGAGGCCAGACGCCUCGGAAAGCUCCUUCUCCCCACGCUGGAGCAGAGUGCCGUGGGGUGCUCCUGGGGGUGUGCUCAGCCUGGUGCCCCAUGGGCUGCCUGGCUGGGGGGACCGGGGGGCCGGGAGGGGCACACCAGCGUGCUCCUGAAACCCUGGAGCCAGGGGGGGGCUUUGGGAUAUUAAAUUGGGUCAUUUUU